AGUAGGCAGCGUGGGAUUUGGGGGAAGAGGGAUUAGAGUGUGGGGGUGUCUGUUUUGCGUCCACCGUGGCUGGGAGAGGGAGAUGGCAGCUCGGUGGAGCAGCGAGAAUGUGGUGGUGGAGUUCCGCGAUUCCCAGGCAACUGCAAUGUCUGUGGACUGUCUUGGGCAGCAUGCAGUGCUUUCUGGUCGCAGAUUCCUGUACAUCGUCAAUCUAGAUGCUCCUUUUGAAGGUCACCGGAAAAUCUCUCGUCAGAGCAAAUGGGACAUCGGAGCUGUGCAGUGGAAUCCUCAUGACAGCUUCGCGCAUUAUUUUGCAGCUUCGAGUAACCAACGGGUGGACCUUUAUAAGUGGAAAGAUGGCACUGGGGAAGUUGGCACAACCUUACAGGGCCAUACGCGCGUCAUCAGCGACUUGGACUGGGCAGUGUUUGAACCAGAUCUCCUGGUCACCAGCUCGGUGGACACCUACAUCUACAUUUGGGAUAUCAAAGACACAAGGAAACCCACUGUUGCACUCUCUGCUGUAGCUGGUGCUUCCCAGGUCAAAUGGAAUAAAAAAAAUGCAAACUGCCUUGCCACCAGCCAUGACGGUGAUGUACGCAUAUGGGAUAAGCGGAAACCCAGUACAGCAGUAGAAUAUCUAGCAGCCCACCUCUCCAAAAUCCACGGCCUGGACUGGCAUCCAGACAGUGAGCACAUUCUCGCUACCUCCAGUCAAGACAACUCUGUCAAGUUCUGGGAUUACCGCCAACCUCGGAAAUACCUCAAUAUUCUCCCUUGCCAGGUGCCUGUCUGGAAAGCCAGAUACACACCUUUCAGCAAUGGAUUAGUGACUGUGAUGGUUCCCCAGUUGCGGAGGGAAAAUAGUCUGCUCCUGUGGAAUGUCUUUGAUUUGAACACUCCCGUCCACACCUUUGUGGGACACGAUGACGUGGUGCUGGAGUUCCAGUGGAGGAGACAGAAGGAAGGUUCCAAGGACUACCAACUGGUUACAUGGUCCCGGGAUCAGACUUUGAGAAUGUGGCGAGUGGAUUACCAGAUGCAAAGGCUCUGUGCCAAUGACAUAUUAGAUGGUGUUGAUGAGUUCAUUGAGAGCAUUUCUCUUCUGCCAGAACCAGAGAAGACCCUGCACACUCAAGAUUCAGAUCACCAGCAUAACUCAAGCCAUGGAGAGGAAGAAGUGGUAAAGGAAGAUCCCCCUAACAGUCUCCUGGAAGACAGGAAGUCAGAUCAGCUGGGUCUGCCUCAGACUCUGCAACAGGAGUUCUCCUUGAUCAACGUGCAAAUCCGGAAUGUCAAUGUAGAGAUGGACGCUGCAGAUAGGAGCUGCACGGUGUCCGCGCACUGCAGCAGCCACCGUGUCAAGAUGCUGGUGAAGUUCCCAGCUCAGUACCCUAACAAUGCCGCCCCUUCCUUCCAGUUUAUUAACCCCACAACCAUCACAUCGACCAUGAAAGCUAAGCUGCUGAAGAUCCUGAAGGACACUUCCCUGCAAAAAGUGAAACGUAACCAGAGCUGUUUGGAGCCCUGCCUGCGCCAGCUCGUCUCCUGCCUUGAGUCUUUUGUGAACCAAGAAGACAGUGCUUCUAGCAACCCGUUUGCGCUCCCAAACUCUGUCACACCACCUUUGCCAACUUUUGCGCGGGUGACCACGGCCUAUGGGUCAUACCAGGAUGCCAAUAUUCCCUUUCCUAGGACUUCUGGGGCCAGGUUCUGUGGAGCAGGUUACCUGGUAUAUUUCACAAGGCCCAUGACAAUGCAUCGAGCAGUGUCUCCAACAGAACCCACUCCCAGAUCUCUCUCCGCCUUGUCUGCUUAUCAUACUGGUUUGAUCGCACCAAUGAAGAUUCGCACAGAGGCCCCUGGGAACCUUCGCUUAUAUAGCGGGAGCCCCACACGCAGCGAGAAAGAGCAGGUUUCCAUCAGCUCCUUCUACUACAAGGAGCGGAAAUCAAGGAGGUGGAAAAGUAAGCGUGAGGGAUCAGACUCUGGCAAUCGACCCAUCAAGGCUGCCGGGAAAGUCAUCAUCCAGGAUGUUUCAUGCCUCCUUCCUGUUCAUAAAUCACUGGGAGAACUGUACAUAUUGAAUGUGAAUGAUAUUCAGGAAACAUGUCAGAAGAACGCUGCUUCAGCCAUGCUUGUUGGAAGAAAGGAUCUUGUCCAGGUGUGGUCGCUGGCUACAGUAGCUACAGAUCUUUGCCUUGGUCCGAAGUCUGACCCAGAUUUGGAAACACCCUGGGCUCGGCAUCCAUUUGGGCGACAGCUACUGGAGUCCCUGCUGGCUCAUUAUUGCCGACUCCGGGACGUGCAGACCUUGGCAAUGCUCUGCAGUGUGUUCGAAGCCCAAUCUCGGCCUCAGGGCAUCCCGAACCCCUUCGGGCCUUUUCCUAACCGGUCUUCUAAUCUCAUGGUGUCCCACAGUCGAUAUCCCAGCUUCACCUCCUCGGGUUCCUGCUCCAGUAUGUCGGACCCAGGGCUCAGCACCGGAGGCUGGAACAUAGCGGGAAGAGACGCAGAGCAUUUAUCUUCGCCUUGGGGAGAGUCCUCACCAGAAGAAAUCCGCUUCGGGAGUCUGACCUACAGUGAUCCUCGAGAGCGGGAACGGGACCAACAUGAUAAAAAUAAAAGGCUUUUGGACCCUGCUAACACCCAGCAGUUUGACGACUUUAAGAAAUGCUAUGGAGAAAUCCUCUACCGUUGGGGGCUAAGAGAGAAGCGAGCAGAAGUACUCAAGUUUGUGUCCUGUCCCCCUGAUCCCCACAAAGGGAUUGAGUUUGGCGUGUACUGCAGCCACUGCCGGAGCGAGGUCCGGGGCACACAGUGUGCCAUCUGUAAAGGCUUCACGUUCCAGUGUGCCAUCUGCCACGUGGCCGUGCGGGGAUCAUCCAAUUUCUGCCUGACCUGCGGUCACGGUGGCCACACUAGCCACAUGAUGGAGUGGUUUCGGACUCAGGAGGUGUGUCCCACCGGGUGUGGGUGUCACUGCCUGCUUGAAAGCACUUUCUGAACCUACAGAUGGUGGGUGUUGUAAUCCCAGAGGACCCCGUCAAUGCUGGUAAAACGCUGUCUGCCAGGAGGGAAGCUCCAGAACCCAGGAGGUGGGAGUGUGUUGCCCUCACAGACGGCCGCAGUAGCAGCUGCUCAUGAGCCUUUCCUACUCUUUGGCUGCCCUGGCCUGGACAUCACUGGAGAGGGGGAGGGCAGGUGCACAGAGCUGAGCUACUACGGUGGAAGUUCCCAUGGGGAAGAGCACUGGCCCCAGGGUCUUAGCCCUGAACCACAAGUGGGGCUCUCCUGACCAAGUCAGCUGUGACAGUCUCUGAGUCAAAGGAUGGUGGACAUUAAUUUAAUUGACAAGUGGGCCUAUGAGAACUGUAACUUUAGAAAUUGAUACAUUUAAAUGAACAGAUGGAUAGUGGCCUUCUGUAUAAUACUGAAAUUGUAAAUAUAUGCUGUACUUAAGGAUUGUUAA